AUGGCGCAUCAAGCCUGUACUGAAGAAAAGCAGCAUUAUUCUUGUGAAUACUGUUUGAAGAUUUUUACUGAAGCUUCAGAGUUAGAGGCCCAUAUGAGAGUCCAUGCUGAGAAAGAAACGUAUUCGUGCCAGUACUGCUCAAAGUCUUUUCCUCGAGUUGAAAAAUUGAAGAUGCAUUUAAAAGUCCACACUCAAGAAAAAAACUUUUGUUGUGAUGUUUGUCCUAAGUCGUUUUCUUACCUUUCCAAUUUAAAGAGGCAUCUAAGAGUCCAUACUGGAGAAAAACCGUAUUCUUGUGAUGUUUGUCCAAAGUCGUUUUCUGAAUCUUCAAAAUUGAUACGACAUCUGAAAGUCCAUACUGGAGAAAAACCUUUUUCGUGUGAUUGUUGUUCUAAGACCUUUUCCGAAGCUUCAAACUUGAAGGCGCAUUUGAAAGUCCAUACUGGCGAAAAACCGUAUUCUUGUGAUGAUUGUCCGAAGUCGUUUUCUGACCUUUCCAGUUUUAAGAGGCAUUUGAAAGUCCAUGCUGGCAAAAAACCGUAUUCUUGUGAUGUUUGUCCAAAGUCGUUUUCUGAAUCUUCAAAAUUGAUACGACAUCUGAAAGUCCAUACUGGAGAAAAACCUUUUUCGUGUGAUUGUUGUUCUAAGACCUUUUCCGAAGCUUCAAACUUGAAGGCGCAUUUGAAAAUCCAUACUGGCGAGAAAACAUAUUCUUGUGAUGAUUGUCCAAAGUCGUUUUCUGACCUUUCCAAUUUUAAGAGGCAUUUGAGGGUCCAUACUGGCGAAAAACCGUAUAUUUGUGAUGAUUGUCAAAAGUCGUUUUCUGACAUUUCAAAAUUGAUAAGACAUAUGAAAGUCCAUACUGGAGAAAAACCUUUUUCGUGCGAUUGUUGUCCUAAGACAUUUUCCCAAGCUUCAAACUUGAAGGCGCAUUUGAAAAUCCAUACUGGCGAGAAAACAUAUUCUUGUGAUGACUGUCCAAAGUCGUUUUCUGAUCUUUCCAGUUUUAAGAGGCAUUUGAAAAUCCAUACUGGCGAAAAACCGUAUUCUUGUGAUUAUUGUCCAAAGUCGUUUUCUGACCUUUGCAGUUUUAAGAGGCAUUUGAAAACCCAUACUGGCGAAAAACCGUAUAUUUGUGAUGAUUGUCAAAAGUCGUUUUCUGAUCGUUCAAAUUUUAACAAGCAUCUGAGAGUCCAUACUGGAGAAAAACUUUCCUCUUGCGAUUGUUUGAAGCUUCAAGCUUAA